GAAACCAAAAAAGUAACUCUUUAGACGAAGAAGAUAAAUUGUAAAGAUAUGACUAAAGUAUAUUUUUAACAAGUUUUGAGAAACUUUAGAUUUUAAAAGUAAAUUUAAACAAAAACUCAAGCAAACUCAAGAUUUUAAAUUUAAAUAAAAACGUAAACAAUGAACAAAAAAAAAGCGAUUAAAAAUUCUUUAUAAUCUAAAAAUGUGAUCUAAAAGUCGUUGCUACCAAGAGAGCCUUAUGUCCUUGUUUCAAUUAGUUCGGUUCACAACUUUCGAGCGGGAGACGCAUUGCAGCGAGAUAUUCCCGCGCAGGAGAGGAAGACUGGACAAAGCGGAAGAAGCUGAAUAAGACGAGAAGAAGAAGAUAAAGUGGGAAAAAGAAGAUAAAGUUGUUUUUUUAAAGAAAAAAUAAGCUCACAGUGACGAAGUGGAGUGAAGAAUCAUAGAUUUCCGACGACAAAAUAAUUGCGAGGAAUCACCAGUGGAUAAAGAUUUUUUUGACUGUCGGAAAUAAUCGGGGGCGCGAGAGAGUUUGAUACGAUAAAGUUUUUCAAUGAGAUAAAAAGGUGGUGUGAGCAAGUUCAAAGUGUCCAUCGAACGAGUAUUAAAAAUUAUAUCGGCGAAUUAUUAAUCAAACCGCUAAAAUCAGUAAACUGACAGCCGAAAUCAACCUCGGCCCCCCCUGAAGAACGUGAAAGAGCCGCAUACAUAUAUAUUUCAGUGUGUUCAAAAAAAAAAACAAGUGUACCUAAGUGCAAUAUUAAUUAAAACAUUUAAAACGAUAAUAAGAAAAAACCAUCAACAAUCGGUCAAUAUGCGGUUUUGAAAAAGAUUAAAGAAAAACUUCUUGGAGACGAUGAUGCGGAGAGAGUAGAGUGAGGGAAGAGAGUUAGAUGAAGUUAAGUGAGAAGGAGUAUAUAGAAAUCCUCUUAAGACGUCUAGAGUCGCAUUUCUCGAGGAGGAGUCGUCAACGGACAAUUGGUUACAGCCGACUUUAUCGGAGAAUAAUCCAAUAAAAUUCAAUACAAGCAACAUCUAACGAAGAUAACAACGCACAGUUUGAGGAGUGUGUCAUCCUUAAUCAACCAAAUCAACUGUUUUCGUUCCGAAAACUAACACUUAAUUAUUAAUCAACACGCAGUUAUCUGCAACUACACAAACAACAUAACAAUACAUAAAACGGGGCAAAAACUCAGGGCAAAACGGAACGAAACAGCGCUGUCAUCGAGAUUAAUAAAAAAAAAUAAAUAAAUAAAAGUGGGUGAUUUGAACUCUUGAAAAGUGACUCUUCGUUAAAACGUAUCUCCCAAGAAUUUGUAUAAUCAGCAUCUCCUUGGAGUCGUGUCCGUGGACCUCCAUCUCGUUCACACCGUCCGGGCUGGGCAAUCCUGAAUUUAACCUGAACUUAAGUGUAUGAUAGGAUUUAAGUAGAUAGAAAGAAAUAGGCUGUCCUCACGCCGAGAGGUACAUCCACACGCACAUUAAUUUAAUAACACUAACACACCACACAUUAGACAAAUAACGAGACGAGACAGUAAUAAAGUUUGAAUAAACGGUCUGUACGGGGAGUAACUGUUCGGCAGUUAUCGAUAAGUUGUGUUGCUGAUAACUUGCUUUGAUGCGCAAAAAAGAUCCAGGUGAGUCAAGGAAGGAGAAGAUUAAACGGGUGACGUAUGACAACUGACGUUGCGCCCAUUUAAUAACAUCGAAACAAGCCUAAUAGAGAGGAAGAAAAUAAAGCGGUAUAAAUAAUAAUCUCAAUAUCGUGGAUCUGUGAGAGUCAGUCAUAACGACGUGUACAUCGUACUUUGCUUCAAGGGUGGCUGGUUACGGCUACCCAUCAGUGGUGAGUAACGGCGGUUACGCGCCACUACACCAUCGAGCUGGUGCUACUUAACGGUAGGUGUGCCAAAAAGCGGGCAAGCUGCGCCGUAAAGGGGUAGCACGGGCUUCGCGCGAAGGCCUCAAGAUUUCAGACGCGACGGCGGCCCUGGACCUGCGCGCACAGACGCAAGCCCAGCCGGAUUUUGUUGGCCUGGAGCGGCAGCAUCUCCAUCCGCAGCAGCACCAGGUCCAAACAAGUCCGGAAUUACAUCAACACAAUCAGCAACAGUCACAAUUAUCGCAGCAACAGCAACAGCGUAUACCACUGCACAGUGAUCACCAUACACACCAUCAUCAUUUGUCAAAUCACCAUCAUCCUGGAGAUACGGGGGGUGGGUUAGGUGGUGGUGGUGGUGGUGGUAGUGAUGGUUUAGGCGUUAUUGGUGGUAACGGUGGAGAACAAACGACUAUUGGCGUUGUCGGAGCAGCCGAGGAGGCAAGAAGGCUGCAAGACGACGAGGAAGAUAUUACAGAGAGAGAGGACGAGGAGGAGGACGAGGACCCGAGCUCGCCGGAACCGGACUUGGAGCCGGAUCCCGAGCCAAUGGAGGUCCAAGCAUCAGCUGUAUCCGCAGCAGCGGCUAAUUUGCAUGCAUUGCGACAGCACGUUUUUAAAAUGUCGGAUUAUUGGCAACAGCCACAAAGAGGACCACCACAGCAUUCACCGGGUAUACAGCAUAGUCCUGUACAAAAUACCCAAGCACAGAAUUCACAGGGACAGAAUCAGCAGCAGCAUAAUCAACAGGCUUCCAUGCACAGUCCACUUGGACAGGCCCAGCAGCAACAGCAGCAACAGCAGCAGCAACAGCAGCAGGGACAGCAGAACAAUGGCACUGUUCCUCAGCCAACGAGUUUAGGGCCCAAUCAGGGGCAGCUGCAGCAACAGCAGCAGCAUGCAAUUGCAAUGGGCCAACAGACACCGCAGGGACAGCAUCAGUCCUCGUCGACACCUACAACUCCAUCGCCUCAGGGCGAUCAUCAGGGUACGAUAACUGCGAGUAUGGCACAGAGUCUUCAUAAUUUGGCCCAAGCCCAGCAGUCAAUGUCACAAACGUCUAGUCCAUCGUUGGCAGCACAAGCUGUACAAGCGGCCCAGGCCCUCAAUCCAAAUCUUGGACAAGCCUUGUCACAGGCGCUCACCCAAAAUAUGCAGCAGAAUCUUGGUCAGACACUGCAGCAUAAUCUUGCACAGAGUCUAACACCAAGUUUAUCACCUCAACAGCAGCAACAGCUGCUUAAUCAACCCCAGAAUCUUAGUCAAGCCAGCCAGAGCCUCCAGCAGAAUCUUCAGAACCAAGCGCAAAAUCUCACGCAAACGCUGCAACAGCAAGCGCAAAAUCUCAGUCAAAAUCUUGGUCAAACGUUGAAUCAACAGACGUUACAGCAGCAAGCCCAGAAUCUCAGUCAAAAUCUUCAACAGCAGGCCCAGAAUCUCACGCAGAAUCUCCAACAGCAGGCCCUGAGCAUGGCUGGCUCGAUGGUACAAAAUGGUCUCGGUGGGAUGAAUGUUUCAGGGAAUCAACAGCAGAACUCUCAAAAUUCAAUGCUGAGUCCUGGAGCUGGAAGCCAGGACUCCCACGAUGCCACUCUCACCGAGAAACUUGUCAACGAGCUUCAGUCUCGUGCCUCUGCGGCUGGUCUCGGAGGUGCCGGCGGGGGCGGUGGAAUGGCCAACAUCAACGAACGCACCCUCGAGGAAUGCUGGUCCACCCUGCAGCGAUUCUUCUCGCAGAUAUUCAUGCACAAGAGCGCCAUGCAGAGUGCAAUGCACGCACGUGAUCUUGGACCUGGUGGUCUUGGUGGUAGGCCUGGUGUACCUGGUCUUGGUGGUCUUGGUGUUGGUGUUGGUCCUGGUGGUAUGAUAACUGGUAAUGAGGUGAAACCGCAUCAGUGUCAGCAGUGUUUAAAAUCAUUCUCGAGUAAUCAUCAGCUGGUGCAGCACAUCAGGGUUCAUACUGGUGAAAAACCGUACAAAUGCAGCUACUGCGACAGAAGAUUCAAACAGCUCAGCCACGUACAGCAGCACACGAGACUUCAUACGGGUGAAAGACCGUACAAGUGCCAUUUACCGGAUUGCGGUCGUGCAUUCAUACAAUUAUCGAAUUUACAACAACACCUGAGAAAUCAUGAUGCACAAGUGGAGCGUGCUAAAAAUCGUCCAUUCCAUUGUAACAUAUGUGGAAAAGGUUUUGCUACGGAAUCGAGUUUGAGGACACAUACGUCGAAGGUCAGUCAUGAGUUGCAACAGCGUGUUGUGUUCCAGCAACACGCCGGCCUCAUCGGCGGCCCAAAUGCUACCAGCUGUCCUGUCUGUCACAAGCUCUUCUUAGGAGGUGAGGCACUCAUGGAGCACAUGAAGAUCACCCACAAGGAUCCAAAUGCCUCUGGUGUUGCCAUUCCCCCUGCUGACUGCACCACCUCCGUUGCCGGGGUUUACCUAGCCAAACGAAGGACGGCCAAUCAUCCGUGUCCAGUUUGUGGAAAGCACUAUGUCAAUGAGGGAAGUCUUAGGAAACAUUUGGCGUGUCAUCCUGAAACUAGUCAACUCAGCACGAAUCUCAGGAUGUGGCCGUGUUCUGUGUGCCAAGCAGUGUACACUCAUGAGAGCGGGCUGCUGAGUCACAUGGAGCAUAUGAGAAUGGAUCCUAAGCAUCAGUUUGCAGCACAGUACGUCCUUAGUCGAGCAGCUGCAGAGAGACGUGAGAGAGAACUUUUGGCAAGCUCUAGUUUAGGUGCUGGUCUUGGCGUGUUGUCAGGCCAAGGAGGACCUCAGAAUUUGCAACAGCCACCGAUGUGCCCCUCACCGUCAGCCCAUUCAGACAGCAGUAGUGGGAACGGAAGAUUAUCAUCAGCCGGUAGUGAACCUGAUUUUUGCGCAGGCACCGGUCUCCUGAACAACAACAAUACCAACAAUAAUAACAACAUGACAUCACCGGGACCAAGUGGCAAUAAAUUGAGUGAAAUGUUGAGAACAGGUAGCCAACCGAGUUCAGCCCAACAAUAUCACGAUGAGAUGCAGUCACAACAGCAGCGUAUGGCAGUAAUGGCUGCUGCUGUUCAAGCAGUCGGUUUACAAAAUUCGGUGUCGCCGAAUCUCUCGCCAGUUGACGUUGCGUCUCUAGCAGCGGCAAUGCGAAUGGGUAAUAACGGCGACAUGACUGGCAAUGCUCAAGGCUCGACGGGACAGCAGCAGCAGAAUGUCCAGUCUGGUGGUCAAGCUGAGCAAGCAAUUAGAAUGCAUCAGGCUGAGGCCCUGCUGCGGUCCCAAGCGGAAGCCGCCCUCAGACUUGCAGUAUCACAGGCGGCGGCAGCAGCAGCGGCAAGCUCAGCGGUGAACAGUGACAUGAGGCAUCAUCUCGGUCAGCACAAUGGUGGUAGUACGUCCGGUAUGUCUGGUCAUCAUGGUAAUCAACAGCUGUCCCAACCAGACAGUUUAUCACCGGACCUAGGUAAGUCGAGCCAGAUGAUGAGGAGCCACGGUGAAGACAUGCAAUCCUCCAACAAGCGCGUACGACUAACCGCUAGCCUGAUUCCAUCAUCAGGGGAGGCGCUUAGACUACAGGAGCAACGAUUAGAGCAGGCACUGAGGCUACAUGGUGAUCCACGUGCACUUGGCUUCACUCUGCAGCACGUUGUUAAUCAGCAGAACAAUCAGCAACCAUGAAAGUUCAGUUACUACUGAGACGAGUGGACCCCUUGGACAAAUGACAUGUCCUUACCGCUUGAACGUGAUCAGAUGCAGCAAUUGCAUCAGCAAAAUCAAUUGCACCAGCAAAUGCAAUUGCACCAGCAACAGCAGAUGCAACAGCAGGAGCAACAACGUUCAACGCCGAUGGGUGAUCAGCAGCAGCAAAUUACAUCAGUUAUUGCUACCGAUGGUCAACAUCUUGAGGACAGAGGUGUCAAGAGAAAGGCCGAUGACAUGGCCACCGGUGAGAAUACGCAAAGUUAAUUCUCACUUUUCAUUAACAACAAAUCAAUUACAAUAACUUUUGAUUAUCUCUUUUGUCCAAGUGUGGUCAUUAUCGUAUACACUCGCUGUCUCAGCAGUAUGAAUUUCAAAGUAACAAUAUCAUAUACUUACGGAUAUCUCAAUACCAUUCAACUGACAAUACUUACUUUGUGAACAAAACUGGCUUUCGUCUUCCAUUAUUAGAAGAAAGGCUGCACAUUGACAUCGGCAUUGCGCAACCGAGGAAUGAACAACUUGAGCCAAUUCCGUUCACUAUGAGUCAAUGACAUUUGAUUCAAUAAUCAGAUCUCAAUGACACUAUGAAAAACAUUCAAAUAUUCCAAUCGUCAUACGGCUUGACGUUGUCCCAUAUAUGAAAUAUUGAAAAGCUGGGUAGUCAAUAUCCGCUCACGUGCCAUAAUAUUGCGCAGAGUUCUUAAUAAUCUUAGCCAAACGAAAUCCGGUGAUUAUCCAAUUGGUUUUUUUUUUUGGUCAAAUGAAUCAAGUACUGUAGCCAUAGUACGGGAGUCCUGUCUCCAAUCACCAGACAUGAUUAUAAAUAUCACGGGUGAUUUAACUGAAGUGUCAUCCGUGAUGACCAACGACUCAAAAUAAUUCAUAUACCCAAAGUGAAAUCACUUGAAUUUCUCCAUUAAUGAACUCCAAAAUGGAACUCAAAUUGAAAUGGUGUCAAAAGCACCAGACGCGGACUCGCGAUUUAAAAAAAAAACCUAUGUAUAAACAGAAAAUCCAUUAAAACGUAAAUAAUUCGCGCGUGAUUAUAAAAAUGAUAAAAUAAAUAAAUGUACAGACCGACUUAACUGAUUAAACGUAUUUGACGGACGUAUCUUGACUGAGUAUGAGCUGAGAAAAUUUACAAUGUCUCAAUACACUUUGUACACACUAUAAAUAAUAUACAAAUAAUACACUUAUACAUAAUUACCCGAUGAAUGAGACAAUUAACGAAUAAUGACGGUAAUGUGCGCUUGAGAGCACAUAUUGGAAUGUUCGCGCAUUGCUGACUAUAUAAAUGAAACACACAAUACAUAAGUGCUCGGCGUGGCACAAAAACUAUUAGUUGGUAAGAAACGAAACAAACAAAAUAUUAUUACAAACAGUUAUAUUAUAUAUUAUAUAUAUACAUACGAGAAUCUAAGGUGAAUUUCGAAUGAAAGAGAAACACAUACACAAGUGAAUAAACGCUGUAUAAAUAACAAAAUUAAUAAUAACAGCGAAAAUGUGAAGUUUUUCUUUUCACACGUGAGAUUGAAACACAAUGAUGAUUUCAGAGAGAUAAAAAACUAAAUGCUAAAUAUUAUAUAUAUAUUAUAUAUAUAUAAAUAUUAUAAAUAAUUGAAUAUAGGGUCUAUGAAGUUUAGGUUUAAAUAAAUGAAUAAAUAAAUAGAAUUUGAAUAAAAUGGAUGUGUGCGGGUGUGCGCGAGUGUUCGCGUGGCAUUUCUCGAUUGAUGAUGAUUUUCGAAAGUGUGUCUGGGUUUCAUGUAAAGAAAAAUGAAAAAAAAAAAUGAUAAAAAAAGUGCCUGAAUGCGGAGAAAUGUGAAAAUGCGACGGUGUGAGUGAAUAGUUUUUCAUUUAAUUUCCACAAAUUGAUAAUUUUUCUUUUUUGAUGUACUAUCGGAUAUCCCGCGCGGGUGCUCGUGCACACCAAUUCAUGAAUGCGGAACUGAGAGAUUAAAUAAUAAAUGAUAAAAAAAAAGAAAUAAAAGAUGAGCGUUAAAAUAUGUGAGUGAGAAUUUAGAGUCCUGUGUGCUUGAGGUAAUCUGAGGUCCUGUGAUCGUUAAUAAGCGAAAUAUUUUUUUAUUUCCGAUAAAAAAGAUGAAAAAUAAUAAGAAAAAAAGUGGGUAAACACGUAACACUUUGUGCGUCGUUUCGAAUCUUUUAAAAAAAACCUUUGCAAUAUAAAUAUCGUUACGUUCUCGCAAUAUUAAGCAAAAAAGUUUAAAAUGAAAAAAAUACAAGAAGGGAAGACUCGAGUGGGAGAAAAAGUUAUAAAUGAUAAAGACGAACAAAACGAUAACGUGGGAAAAAAAAAAAGUCCGUGAAUUUUUCAAAUAUCGCCGCCGGUGAGAUGGCGCUUACCCUUGCGUUUAGAAAAUGGUAAUUGGUCGUCCGUGCUCUCUCGAUAUUGGGGAACUACAUUAAAUUCAUCGUUAAAGUGACUAGGCAUCUGUAAUAUUACGAUCGGUUCAUAGAAUUGAUAUCGCAGUUUGCGAUAAAGUAUGACAAUAUAAACCGUAAAUUAACCUUCAUUUCAAUUUGAGAGAAAAAUUCAACAGCUAAAAAGAUAAAAAAUAUAAAUCGCAGACUGAAGAGUGCGGAAUGAAUGAAAAUGCCGAAUUUCGUUCUGCUCCUAUUUCUCCCUUCCUACGCCCUUUCCUCGCUACUUUGAGGGGAUACUUUCAUCCUACACUUUUAUGUUCGCAACAAAAAGCGUAUUUAUGAUGGAAUGAUAAACAUCUCGGCCAGAUAUUCAAAACAAAUAUUUCGAGGGAAAAGAAAAAACUAUAACUUGCGUUAAAUGAAUUUCAAAGAUGUUCUCCAAUCGCGUAAAUCUACUGACAAAGGACAAAAUAAAAAAAAAACAACCAGAAGGGAUCGUAUUAGGAAGAUUCAGAAAAUCAAUCGUCUUUAUUGAUACAUAUAUGAUAACACUCAAGGCUUCUCACUAUCCGAAUGAGAUAAGAAACGCCAAUGGAUUCAUCGUAAAAGCUACAGUUUAACGGCCGGAUCGAUUGGAUUCACCGACUGGAACUUUAUCGUCAGAGCAAUCAAAAAUAUUUUUUAUAUUUUUCAAUAAAUCUUUCUGCCAUUUUAGUUAUAUCUACCGUCAAAAAUUCAACAUCGUGGAAAAAUUGAAAUUGAAAUGGCAGCCGUUGUUCCAGAAAAGCCGACUCCAUCGAUCUGCGUUGCGUCUCCGUUUUAUCUUCCCGACGAUUUUUUACGUUACAGCGUGUUUUUCCUACGGAUAAAUUUUUCAUUUUGUUGUCUGAUUAAUGUAAAUACACCGCAGGAUGAAAAAAAAAAAAACGUAACAAAUUACCGCAGAACGAGCAGUUGAACCGCAGUUAAUGCCAUAAAUCAUAAUGCAAAAUAGGAUUAGGUUUGUCAGUGUAAAUACCUAAAGCGUAUUGAACGGGUGCAUACCCCCGUUAAUCGCAACCAACGUAAUACUUUUUAAUCACAAAUGAUGAUAAAAAUAUAAUAAAAAAAAAACAUGCAGAAUACCAUGCUUUAUUUGAUCGUUUGUUAUCGAACGGUCCGACAAGCAAUUUUAUCAUUUCAUUCAGUUUUAUUUUCGACACAAACACACACGCACACUCAAGUGAAUUAAAUUUACCAAUAAAUACGGCAUUGCGAUGGAUUGUACAGAUAGGAUAGAUGUAAGCCUUUAAAGUGAAAAAUAAUAACACACAUUUUUACACACUUUGAGAAAUAUUUAAUGAAAAUAAAUGAAAAUCCGCACCAACAGGCACGAUAAACUGGCCUACGCAAUCAGGGUAGGGACCAAUCUCCAUAUGUUCUCGUUUUUAUCUCAUUAUUUAGCGAAAAACAAUUGUUUCCUUGAAAUUACCAAUGCCCUUUUGUCCCCUUAAUUUCUCAGCAUUCCCUCUCACAAAUCCUUCCGACGAAAUUCAACAAGAUAUAUUUUUUUUUUCAAAUCAAUCUCGAACGCACCAUUGAAUUUCGGCAAAAUGAUAAUCGCGUGGAAACGGGGCAAUAAUAAUUUUACCGACAAAUUACAUAUUCGGAUUAUGAUUAUUCCGGGACUGAGAUGGAUGUGAUUGUUUUAUUAUAGUUUAAUUUUUGGUGAUGAAUGAUCAGAGGGAAUCUAAAGGUCAAUUCGCUUAGGAUUUUUAUAAAUAUUAGAGUGAAAAGAUUUUUUUGGCCUUUACAGCCGGGAGAAAUACGUUUUUCAUUAGCACCAUUGAUUUUCGGUCCCUGAGAGCAGACAAAAAUUGAGUAACAAAUAAAUAUGAAGAACACGUGUUGAAAAUGCCAUCGACUACAACAAAAUGAUUUAAAAGAAAAAUAAAAAUAAAUUGAACAUCUAAAAAAAAUGUGAAAUUAGUAACAACAAGCAAGAAACAACAGAGAAACAACACCUGCACGCCGUAAAUCCUUCAUGACCACACAAAGCCAUGGAACGAUUGACUGACGACAGAAGUUUAAACCGGUGCAUCCUGCCGUGCGCUGAGGGUCAAUUUUCUGGGGUUCCCGCACUUAAAAAAAAAAAUGAGGGAACACUCGAGAAAAGGAAUCCCCCCCGAGGCGUCGACGCGUGCCCCGCGAACGUGUACAAUAUUAAUUUUUUUUUUUCAAUAAAAAAAAUAAUAACAUUACAAGUGAAAAACUAAUCUCCAAAGACAAAUAAAUCAACCGAAUAAAAAUUCACACACACACAGGUACAAUAGCUCGUAGUGUAUGUUCUGUAAUCGAAGAAAGAUAAAAAAAAAGAUAAAAAAAAAUAAAAAUGUGACGUUACCGCCGCGUUGAAAAAAAAAAUCAUAUAAAAGAAAAUAAAAAAAUAAUUUACAAAUAUAUUGAUUUACAUAUGCCCGUAACUCAUAAGGGGGUGGGGUGGCGCAGUCACUUUGUGGAGUCUCUGGGAAUGCGUGAAAGUGCACCGUUGAAGGAUAAAAAUGCAAUGCAACAGUUGAAAUUCAAACUGCAGAGAAAAUAUCCAGAUAUAAAGAUAAAAAAAAAAGCAAUUCAACAAGUGAUGAAUUAAAAAAAAAAUUGCAGUAGCCAUUCUCAGAAGAAUCAAUAGACAGAGUUCAUUUGAAAAUGACUGCAAAGCUUCGUCCCGCUCGACCAUAAUCUUAAUCUCUUCAUGUAAAUUGCUAAAUGUUUAUAAUUAAAAGAAAUUAAUGCCAUAGCCCGGAUGCGCUGGUGUAUACUCCCAGCGCAUACACACUCACAAAUACGACUCGACCUCGAAUUAAACCGAAAGAAAAAUCCGCGACUUCAGUUAUUUGUAACCGCGGUAAAAUUGGUCAAACAAAUGCCAAGACACCAAGUAAUCAAAAUAUUUUUUAACAAUGAAAAUAUUUUUAAAAAAUACAAAUGAUACAGACAUCUAAAGCGUCAGCUCCAUAAUUGAAAAUAAUAAUAAUACAGACACAGUUGAUACGAGGAUUCAAUCGUUCGUGUUUGUUGCCCACUUCGCGAAUGAUGUCCUUGAUAAUAAAAAAACGCCCUGGUUCUCGGAGUGCGCUCUCCCGUGCGCACUCGGAAACACAAUUCUCAUACACGGGGACAUCGCCAAUGAUUGGACAAUUCCGUCAUUGCAAUGAGCCUCACAAGAUUAACACACACCCACUGCACUCAACACUAUGAAGAAAUAAUACAAUGACACAUUAAUGACACUUUGUUACACAAUUACACACUACGGAUAUGUAAAGCCAAUUGUUUUUGUAAAUUGUCAAAAUAACUUUCGAUAAAUUGCGGAUACAUUCAAGAGAGGAGGAAGUGAAAAAAGGAAAAUAAGUCGAAAAGAGAAGGAAAAUUUCAUGAGAUUUCGGCCAUCUUGUCAUAGCACUUUUUAAAGUUAGUUGAGGGACGCCACCGAUAUGGGGCGCCACUUGAAUUAUUUUUAUCAAACGCGAGAGAAUAUGGAAAAUAAACGAGUGAAAUUAAUAGAAACAUUUAUCGAAUAUACGACGUUUGUGGAAUGGUCGAUAAUUCGCGGCCUUUGGCAUACGUUUGGAUGCAUUGAGAAUAAUUAAAAUCGAGAUUACACGUUUUUCAUUAAUGUGUUACUCGAGUUUGUUGUCCAUGCACCAGAAAACCCUCGAUUAUGACGACAAUAUAUACCCGAAUGUGACAAAUAAUUGAGAGCAAGAUGAUUAAUGAUUAUUGAAAUGAAACAAAAGGAUAAUAUCUCACUGAGAGAAAUGUUUCCAGCUGAUUGUGAUAAUCAUCCUGCUCAUCAAUCCUGCAAUCAAUUCCGCCAUUAAAUACACCAAGAAUGAUGGACUUAAGAGCAACGGCUUAGAGAGCCAUUGUUUCAGGCUGAAUAAAUAAAUAAAGAAAAAAAAAAGGCGAACGAAUAUUUAAACAACGGAAAACAGAUGAAAAUAAUAAAAAAAAGUAAUGAUAACAGUGUUUGUUUGUUUUAUCCAACGGGUUUUAAUUUUUUAAUGAAAUAAUCUUACUAUUUGGAUCUGCAUGGCUAUACAAAAGGGACCUCCGUGGAUUUAAAAAAUUGAUGAUCCGAGCGAGCUUUGCCUCAAUUUGUAUACCGUGUGAUUCCGAUGAUGAAAAAAAAAUAAGAGCAGUGAAAGAAAAAAAAAUAACCGUAAAGUGCGCAGCAUAUAUGAAAACCGACAGUCUAUAGCAGUGCGAGCGCCUCGGGAACAGGACGCGUCUUCACGCGUCUUCACCGAGCCUCGAUGAUUAAAAACCGGAAUAAGUUGUUUAAAUGUCCACUAUAUAAUCAAGAGUCAUAGUUGUUAAGACGGUGAGCUCAAACUUCUUGAAAUCUCAUAAUCUUUUCAAAUCAACCAUUAAUUACCAAAAAAAAAUUGAGAAAAAAAAAACAGUUGAGAUUGAUAAUUAGGCACAACAUUUGAAGCUAUUAUUGAGGUUAGAUCUCACCGUGAGACUCGCAGGUGGAGUCACUGGUCAAUGCCCAGGCAGUGAUAGUGGCUCCACUUGGUUUGGGUCGUUGAUUUUUUCGAAAUAUUCUCCAGAGCUUUUGUUCACGGGAAUAUGUUGAUUUUUUGUCCCACGAUCCACUGACCCCUCGAUGACGAGUCAUCGUAAUCCUGCGCAAAAAGGAUUGACUGAAGUAGAGGCUCAGUUCUGGGGGCUUGAGUGACCCCAGCGGCAUCGUAGGACUGCACCCCAAGAGA